AUGCAAGCACCACGUUCUGAUUUUUCAAGGGAAAAUUGCAAUAAUAAUAGAUGUUACCCAGGAUUAUCUGGUUGUAAACAUCAUUGGGCACUUACAGGAAGCUGUGACCCAGGUGCUCCAGAAACAGGUUGCCCACUCUAUUUCCUUUACAAUUGGCGUUAUAUCAAAUCGCAUCUAUGGGAAGUGGGCGCAGUUACUUCUUCCAUCACAGUUUAUUCAUCUCUUUUUACGUAUGGUGGGGGAAUUUAUUCAGGAUAUUGGAAAAAUGAUGAUUCGAUAAAAAUAGAAGGAAAUGAAGCCAUAAAUGAAGGCUGGGGAGAAAUACUUGGCAUGCUUGAUGUGACAAUCAUAGGAUGGGGACAAGACCAACUAAAUCUAUCAAGUACUUCAGGCUACUCUACCAAACUCAAAAGAUGGUGGUGGGUGAUUCCCUUUUUUGAGUUAAUUUUGGGAUUGCAUAUUCUAACUGUGUAG